AUGUACUGGUGCAUGCUCACCAAUCAGUUCACCGUACUAACCACGCAGCCAGACUUACUCCGAGUCUAUGGUGCCUGCCGCUCAAAUGCUGUUCCAAAUAUUUACACCCCGAUCGUGCCGGGUUCCUUCAGAGAUAAGAAGAUGGAGUACUCGGCAGUCGAUGUCUCAGCGGCCACGAGUCUGCAGCGAUUAGCGCUUAGUGUCGAUGACGACGUUCUGGUGGGAAUUUCUGCGUCGGUCGCGCUGGACCAAAGUAAAAGCCCUUUAUAUCAUGACACGACAUCUCCCCUUUUUUCUGAUCGUCAUGUACCUAUGUCUGAACUUCGCCCCGAUACCCCAAUGAUCGUGCUCGUAGGCCUGCUGUCUACUGCUUUCAGCUGGCGAUCGACAAAGGGCCCUCUGCAAGCCAUCUUGGUGAAGCAUAACAUAUUCUACUAUGUAUGCGGUCUCUUUCUCUCGGCCGUCAACAUCCUCGUGCCAGCGCUAUUUCCCAACGUGCGUAAACCCCCUGGUACUAUCGUGCUAUCCCCAGUGCGCGCACCUGAUAGGGCACACUCGGGCACCGUGGGCAUGCUUCACUCUGCGCUUACAUUGACGCAAACCGCAGCCAUCGAACUUGGUCACAACGGAAUCACAGUGAACGCAUAUGCGCCAGGAACAAUUCAAACACCAAUGCUUGCUAGGUUGGCUGGAUCAGCAGAUUAUAACGACAUUUACGAUGAGCUCAAACGGUUGUCGUCCGUAGGUGACCUCGGAAGUACCCAGGAUAUUGCGAACUUGGUUUCAUUUCUGGUGACUCCGGAAGCGCGUUUCAUCACAGGCCAAACAAUAACGAUCGAUGGCGGUAUCUUCUUUGAUUGA